UCUGUCCGUUUCUUGUGUGCAAUAUGAACCUAAAUAAUGAUGUACAGAGCAUGUUGGCUACUCAACGAAACUUAUCUCUAGAGAAUAAUAAACGAACCGGCUUUGUUAUAGACCAUCACAAUUUCCUGCAAACUUGUGGAGAAACAAGAACUCGUUUUCUAAAGCAAAUAAGUUUUCGUCACAGUGAAUUUUAUAACAGAAGAACUUGUAGAAUUCUUUGUUGUGCCAAGACGGAUACCCAAUCAGUCUGUGCAGUUCCUAUCAACUGGGACUUGUCUGCUUGGUUAAAGGGUUGGGACAGUGUAAGAGAAGAAGUUAGUGUCCAGAUAUCUCAACGAGAUACAGAAACUAUAAAGAAUGUCCCAAGUAACUACUGUUCAGAACAGGGCUCCAUUAGAGGAAAGAUUCCCAAAGACCUGAGAGGAACACUAUACAGGAAUGGACCAGCGAAGUUUGAAGUUGGAAAAAUUUUAGUGAAGCAUCCUUGGGACGGUGAUGGAAUGAUAACUGCAAUAUCUAUAUCAGAUAAUGGCGUAUGGUUUAGGAACCGUUUUGUUCGCACAAAGGGCUACAUGGCAGAACAAGCAGCAGGAAAAGUUCUAUAUAGAGGAACUUUUGGAACACAGAAACCUGGGGGUUGGAUUGCUAAUGCUUUCGAUUUGUCCAUGAAGAACGUAGCAAAUACUGGAGUUGUUCACUGGGAUAACAGACUUUUUGCUUUCUGGGAGGCUGGAGUUCCUUAUCAGCUUAAUCCAUCCAAUCUUGCAACUGCAGGUCCUACCCAGUUUCAAGGAGCAAUACUCAAAUCUGGAAAUUUUACUGCACAUCCCAAAAUCGAUCUUCAGACAGGUUGUCUCAUUGGAUUUAGUACGAAAGCUUAUCCAAGAAGUGGAACAGAAAUUACCUUUCAUGAAAUGAAACCCGGUUUCCAAUGGAGAAAAUCUAUAAAGGCAUUGAUUCCUGGAUUCGGAUUCUAUCAUGAUUUUGCAGUUACCGAAGACUAUUAUGUUCUCUUCCAGGGACCAUUGGAGUUUAAUCCUUUACCUUUUAUUUUGGGUGUGAGACCCGUAGCAGAUUGUAUUCAUUCAUGUUUAGAGAAACCAGCAAAGAUAAUUCUUAUUAGCAGAAAUUCCGUUACUGAAGAUGGAUAUGCUGCUCAUGUUCAUAUUCUUUCCACAGAAACCGGUUUUGUGUUUCAUUUUGCGAAUGCUUAUGAACAAGGCGAAGGAGCAAAUAGAACUCUGAUAGUGGAUUUAGUUAAAGUACGCCGAUAUUAUGCAGCAGAAUUGAAAACGGACCGUAGUCAAGACCCUUGUUUGUACGAGAAUUUGGAGGAAAGAGUUCCAAAAUCAUGUUUAUAUCGUUAUAUUGUUUCAAUAGGGAAAUCAGAGCCUUUUAUUCUGGAUCAACUUGCUUUAAGUAGUCGUCAAGUGGAAUUUCCAGGAAUACAUCCAUUCUUUAUGUCCAAAUGUCAUUCCUUCAUAUAUGCAUCGACAAGUGGAUUGUCAGACGGAGUUGCACCGUUUCAAGGAAUAGCAAAAAUUGAUACGAACAAAGGUAGUCAAAAGGAACAGGUGUGGAUACCCCAACCUUAUGAGUUUGCAGGAGAGCCUUUAUUUGUUCCUAUUCCAUCUUGGAUAGGAGAAGACCAAGGCUAUCUUCUAACAAUAGUGUACGAUGGCAGCAGACACCUUUCCUAUUUAGCCAUUUUGGACGCACAACAUGUUUCAGAUGGACCCAUAUGUCGAAUCGACUUCCCGAUUCAUAUUCCACAUGGACUCCAUGGUUGUUGGACAGAUACUGUAUAUAACAUGGAAUCAAUACAAUGCGAUUUCGUUGAAUAUGACUUUGAGACAACCCAAUUAUCAGCGACGAACAACUCUUGGGAUAACCUGGUUGACUUAGGAACAUAAACGGUUAAGGGGAUAAAUGGGUCUUGG